AUGGAGACAGUAGAUGACUUGGAUACCAUUGACGUGGAAUUGGAUGAGUUUUUCAAACAGAAACAAAGAAGUCAAUGCAAAGAUGAGUUCCUAAACACUCUCACAGACGUAGCGGUUGACGAAUGCACCAUACCUAAGAUAAACCUAAAUGAUUUUGAAGGAAUCUCGGAAGAUGAAGAACCACAAGAGAAGCUUAGUGAGAGUAAGCAUGACGAUGAAGAUAAAUUGCAGUUUCAGUACUCAACUCAUGAUCCGAAGGUGAAAUGGAAAAAUAUGAAGCCAGUUCGUGGGGAGAGGUUCAAGAAAUGUGAUAAUGUAAGGCUUGUGGCUGUAUGUGCAAGUGACCCUGUGAAAUUUUAA